AUGCACGCCCCCACCCCCUCUCUGGACUACGAGGAAGUAGACGAAAUCCCCGCACUGACCUGCAUUAGCGUCGUGUGUCGCAAUGGCCCGGAGGUGCUGCGACUGCCCCACGUGGUCGAGAAGCUCCACGAAUUGCUCGACUGGUCCGCCCGAUGGACGUUCACGAAGGCCUGCAACGCCAAGUUGCCGUUUCUAGUGGGUCGGAUCAUUGCCAGGCAAGAAUUUCAACCUCUGGACAGCGGGUUACGGCUCCCCGGCGUCCGACAGUGGCAGUUCACGGAAGGGAUGCUCAACGCGGUCUCAGAUGGGAAUAUGACGCUAGUCGAGCUAUUGUCGACGAAAUUCCAAGGAUGUCACAUGCAUUCGACAGUGGUGGAGGAGGCUGCGAGAAGGGGUAGAGUGGAGAUAUUGCAGUGGCUAGUGGCCAACCGGAGCGACGUGAGGUGGACGGAUCGAGAGGUAGCGGCUGCGAUUCGAGGAGACCACUUUGAACUGGCCAAGUGGAUGAAGGACAAGGUGACUACAGCUUCCGUCGUGAUGCUAGAGAGGUGGGCGGCUAUUGCGGCGGGGAAGGGGAAUCUAGAGAUGCUCCAAUGGGUUUGCAGUCUGUCGACAGUGGUGAAUCCAAGGAAUGCGGUGUCCAUUGAUCUAGCUGCACGGAACGGAUUCCUCGGUAUCGUUGAGUGGCUCCACGACAACACGUCUGAAGGAUGCACGACGUUCGCGAUGGACGGUGCAGCGCAGAACAAUCAUUUCGAGGUGGUGAAGUGGUUGCACAAACACCGACUCGCUGGUUGCACGAAUAUCGCCAUGGACUCUGCAGCGGAAGAGGGAAAUCUUGAGCUUGUCAAGUGGCUUCAUGCGAACAGGAAGGAGAGCUGUUCGCCCGAUGCAAUGAAUCUUGCAGCAGCAAAUGGGCACCUUGAAAUGGUCAAGUGGCUCGACGCGAAUCGACACGAAGGUUGCACUACCGACGCCAUGGACAAGGCUGCAGCUAAUGGUCACCUCGAUGUGGUGAUUUGGCUCCAAACUAAUCGAUUCGAGGGCUGUACGACCGAUGCAAUGGAUCGGGCCGCUGAAAAUGGACAUCUGCAUGUACUGGAAUGGCUACACGUCCACCGAAGCGAAGGUUGCACGGUCCGCGCAAUGAACGCAGCGGCAAGGAAUAAUCACCUUAAAGUUGUGCAAUGGCUGGACGCUCACAGAACGGAAGGAUCCACCACCGCUGCCAUGGAUGGAGCUGCCAAGAACAAUCAUUUCGACAUCGUCCAGUGGCUACACGUCAACCAGCACGGAGGAUGUACAACGGAUGCCAUGGAUUCAGCGGCUGGUAAUGGUCACCUUGAGUUGGUGCAAUGGCUGAGUGAAAACAGAAAAGAAGGCUGCACCACUGCCGCAAUGAACAUGGCAGCCGCAGCUGGGCAUCUUGAUGUCGUUAAAUGGCUGCAUAAGAACCGCAGUGAAGGCUGCACUGUCGACGCAAUGGAUAACGCCGCGACCAACGGCCAUCUUGAUGUGGUGCAAUGGCUCGAUGCUCAUCGUCGCGAAGGCUGCACAACAGUCGCCAUGGACGGUGCUGCUGAAAAUGCGCAUCUGGAUAUCGUGUGGUGGCUUCAUGCUCACCGACGAGAGGGUUGUACGACGCGUGCGAUGGACGGGGCCGCCAAGAACGACCACAUUGAAACCUUGGGGUGGCUUGAUGAGAACCGCACUGAAGGAUGCACAACUAAUGCAAUCGACCUUGCAGCGGAGCGAGGCCAGGCGAGAAUGGUCUUUUGCCUACUCUUUGCCCGAGAUGAAGGCCACACCCGUUUUGGAGUUGAAGCCGCGUUACGCAAUGGACACUACGAGGCGGCCCGCAUGAUUUGCCAGCUGACUGCUGUCAUGACUGAAGCAGAUACUAAUACACGGCAACGUUGGGAGAUUGCGGAGUGGCUCUACGUGCAUGAACCGGAAGAGCUCCAGAGUCUGAGCCUGAUGUCUCGACUCUUUGACGAUUGA